AUGUCGACCCGAACUGUGGCCGAUCAGGACCUCUCCUUGCCCCUGUCCACCCUUCUGCGUUCGGGGACUGCUGCAUUGCACGAGCAGGUCGAGAAGAGUCAAGGAGCCGGACGUCUGGCGCGAGGGGAGCUCGACGAGCCUGAAUACGUGCAUUUCCUCAUGAUGCUGUGGCACGUAUACGACACGCUGGAACGCGCUCUCGGGAAACAUGUUUCUCAUCCAGUUCUAUCUUCUAUCCACAACCCUACCCUACUUUCUCGUGCGGCCAGUCUUUCCGCCGACAUUGCCUUCUACCUUCAAACGAACGAGUCUGACUGGGCCUCCCACCCCACUCAUGUGGCGUUCGUGGAAUCGCCACCUGCGGCUCUCACUGACUAUGUCUCGCGCAUGGAAACUGUUGCCGACUCAAGUGAUCCGUCUCCUCUGCUAGCCCACGCCUACGUUCGCUACCUCGGUGAUCUUAGCGGCGGGCAGAUUAUUCGCAAUCGCAUUAUUAAGGCAUACGGGCUGGAAGGCGACGCUGGAGUCGCUUUCUAUGACUUUUCGCCUCUGGGAGGCACCGGGCGGGCGACUAUCGGCGACCUGAAGAAGAUCAAGGAGUGGUUCCGUCACAACAUGGAUACGUCCGUCGGUAGCAACGAGGCAGUGAAGGCUGCCAUACUGCGCGAGGCAUGCAUUGCCUUUGAGCUUAAUGGUGGACUCUUUGCCGCUCUUGACGAUUUAGCCCCGACAGACUCUCUCGAUGUCUCGCUCCCUCCAUUAGGCGAGCCGUCCACACCCGUCGAGAGCGACUACAACGAUCAAGCCGAAGCGAAGGUUGUGUACGACAGUUCCACGCCACAGGGGACGACAUUCCAGAUAUCAUCAGUCAUUGCUGUCAUCGCGGCAAUGUCCCUGGCUCACUUCAUCCUGGUCGUGGGAGGAUUCACAGGGGACAGGGGCGCUGCGAAGCUGCAGGCUGUGAGGGAUUGGCUCGCCGCUCGUUGA